UGACGCUGUUUGGAAACCGGAAAUAAAACCGUAGAAGAAGAAGUGCUCAGAAAGUCAACAUGCAACGAGAGAAAUCCAGCGGCUCAGCCGCGGCUGAAAAGCCCGACCGUGAAGCCGCCAUCAUGUCCAAAUAUUACGACGGAGUGGAGUUUCCUUUCUGCGACGAGUUCUCUAAAUAUGAGAAAAUGGCUAAAAUUGGACAGGGAACCUUCGGGGAGGUGUUCAAAGCGAAACACCGGCAGACCGGCAAGAAGGUGGCUCUGAAGAAAGUUCUGAUGGAGAACGAGAAAGAAGGGUUCCCUAUCACAGCUCUGAGAGAGAUCAAGAUCCUGCAGCUGUUAAAACAUGAGAACGUGGUGAAUCUGAUCGAGAUCUGCAGAACCAAAGCCACACAGUUCAACAGGUACAAAGGCAGCAUCUACCUGGUGUUUGACUUCUGUGAGCACGACCUGGCCGGGCUGCUGAGCAACGCCAACGUCAAGUUCACGCUGGCCGAGAUCAAGAAGGUCAUGCAGAUGCUGCUCAACGGCCUGUACUACAUCCACAGGAACAAGAUUCUGCACAGAGACAUGAAGGCGGCCAACGUUCUGAUCACCAGAGACGGGGUCCUGAAGCUGGCGGACUUCGGUCUGGCUCGGGCCUUCAGCCUGGCUAAGAACAGUCAGGGGAACCGGUACACGAACCGGGUGGUCACGCUGUGGUACAGACCCCCAGAGCUGCUGCUGGGUGAGCGGGACUARGGACCCCCCAURGACCUGUGGGGGGCGGGCUGCAUCAUGGCGGAGAUGUGGACCAGGAGUCCCAUCAUGCAGGGCAACACGGAGCAGCACCAGCUGACCCUGAUCAGCCAGCUGUGCGGGUCCAUCACCCCCGAGGUGUGGCCCGGCGUGGACAAGAAGUACGAGCUGUACCAGAAGAUGGAGCUGCCCAAAGGCCAGAAGAGGAAGGUGAAGGACCGCCUCAAGGCCUACGUCAAAGACCCCUACGCCCUGGACCUGAUCGACAAGCUCCUGGUCCUGGACCCGGCUCAGCGCACAGACAGCGACGACGCGCUCAACCACGACUUCUUCUGGUCCGACCCCAUGCCGUCGGACCUGAAGAACAUGCUGUCCACCCACAACACGUCCAUGUUCGAGUACCUGGCCCCGCCCAGGAGGAGGAGCCACAUGCCCCAGCCGCAGCCCAACCAGAACCGCAACCCGGCCACCACCAACCAGACCGAGUUCGACCGCGUGUUUUAGAGCGGCGCUGGCGUCUGACUCGUUAGAACUCAGAACGUUCCGGACCGGUUCUGGUCCUGGUUCUGGUCCUGCAGAGACGUUUGUAAAACUGGACGGUCCAGAAGUUCUUAUUUCUUCAUAUUUCUGAACUUUUGACUUCAGUUUGUUUCACAUCGUCAGGAUGUUUUUGGUUAUUUAUUCUAAAGUCCAACCGGUUCUGAUGGACCCGGUUCUGAUGGACCCGGUUCUGAUGGACCUGCUUCUGUUUACAGACAGAAAAGCAACAUUUAGUUUUCCAGCUGAUAAACUUUGCUGUAUAAUUCUACAGAAAGCAGCAGCAGCUCUGAAGUGAUCCAAACUGUUCCACCUGACAGCUCUCACACCUUCGGCUGAUUUUAAAUUCACUAAUCAAAGUCUUCGGCUCAUUCGGCUCAUUUUGUAACUUUUUGAACUGUUUCUCCUUGUUGAAUUUAAAAGAAAUCUCUUCAAAUUAUUUAAAAAAUUUGCAACAUUCUUGCUGUGUUUUCUAUGAGGACGUAUCAGGAUUAAAGAUUAGAUUUUUAAUUAUGAGAAACUCAUAUUUCAACAAUGAAUGUGUAAAAAAAUAAAGUCGUAAUAUUACAAGAAUAAUGUAACAUUAUGGGAUUAAAGUCAUAUUAGGAGAAAAGUCAUGAAAAAGCUGCAGUUAUCAACAUUAAAAUGAGGAAUGUUGUCAAGUUCUUUAAUAUUAAAAACAAAUAGUUAAUCUUUUAGCACAUUAGUAUCUAAUUAUCAGGAGCAGAACUUGGAAAUUGCAAACGAAUAUAAACUGAAGAAGUUUUGUAAUUAAUGGAUGAUUGACAGAUUGAGUCAUGUGGUUAAUUUGGAUGAAAUCAUUAAUAACAGUGAUCCAGGUCACAGAUUAUAAACAGACACAUGGAUGGACACAGUGUGGGGAAAAUGAGGAACAGGAAAUAAACACAUGUAAGAUUGACUUUUUUUCAUAUCUCGACUUUAUUCUUGUAACAUUAUGACUUUAAUCUUGUAAAAAUAAUUAAAAGUCUCAUUGUGUGGUUCUGGUUUCAGUAAAGAUGUUGCAGCUCCUCCUCCUGUCCACUGGGUGGCAGCAGACACUUUGUUCUUUUUGUUCUUUAACUCUAGUUUUUAGAUUAGUUUGAACUUUUCCUUCAGGCUUGAAUUAUUAAACAGUUUUUUUAAA